AUGCGGAUUGCGGAUAAAGGCAACGUCACCGUUCUGAUGAAUAGGGGCGAUUAUGAAUCGAAAAUGUCGGUUCUGCUGAAUAAUUCGUCAACAUAUUUGCCACUGGAUCGAUAUCCAACGAUACAAGAGAAAAAAAUUCGUAGAGUGAGAUUACCACCAAACUACGUUUUGAUUUCGUUAGAUGUUAUCUCCCUGUUCACGAAUAUUCCGAAAGAAUUGGUGAUAUCACCUGUCAACAAACGAUGGACUAAAAUCAAAAAAAUCACCAACCUACCUAAGGAUGAGUUCAUUGUUGGCUCAACGAUGGUUCUAGAGGAAUGCUGUUUCCAAUUCAAUGGUAAAUAUUAUCGUCAAGUUUUCGGCUCUCCGAUGGAAUCACCAGCUAGCCCAGUAUUCGCUGAUUUAGUACUGGAAAUUCUGGAGGAUGACGUCAUAAAGAAAUUGCCAUUCAAGUUACUAUUCUAUUGGCGUUAUGUUGAUGAUAUAAUAACAGGAGUACCAGCUGACAAAGUGAACGAGAUGAAAGAUGCUUUUAACAAAUACAACAAGCACAUCCAAUUCACAGUGGAAGAAGAGCUAAAUCAACGAAUAUCGUUUCUGGAAGUGUUGUGCAUACGACACAACCGAAGUAUCAAAAUCGAUUAG